CGUCAGAGAUCAACGACCAAUCGCUACGCAGAGCGCGAAGUUCCUCUCGCGGCGUCCAAAAACAUGGCGGAGACAGACGCAGAAAUCGGAUUCAAAAAGGAAACAGUAAGCAAACUAUUGUCUAGUUUCUUCAAGGAGGACAAAACCCGAAUAAGUGCUGAUGCUGUGCUGCUCAUGACAGAGAUGCUAAAAAUAUUUGUCCAAGAGGCUGCUGUGAGAUCACAAAAACAAGCCGAGUCUGAAGACUGCGACCAAGUGGACAUUGAGCACUUUGAAAAAAUUCUGCCUCAGCUGCUGCUGGACUUCUAGCACAAGCGAUGCCACAAGAUGGAGCCAGAGUGUUGCCCGCAUGUUGCUGCUCAAAUCCUUCACUUUAAAUAGCAAAAUGUUUAAUUUAGUCUGAAUAAUUUGCCAUUUCUUUAUUGUUGGAAUGCUAGAUGACAUUAAAAAUUCUCAUCC